AUAUUCUCGAACGCACGAAAUUUCGAAGCUCGGAGGUACAACAACCCAUUGGAAAAUGUCACGUCUUUAUGAAUCGUUUGAGAAUUCCAAGUAUAACUACGGGAGUCUACAGCGAAUUCCUUUCCCUGACAACAUUUGGAUCCUAAUAGAUACACUUCUUAUGAUAAUGGAGACAGCUGUUGUUUUUCUCUUGAUUACUUUCGUGGAUGGGCUAUGGAAAUACUUCAAAGAGGAUACCUGGAGAAAGUUUACCAUUUUCCACUCGCGUCACACACAUCUCCAGCUCAAAUGCUCUGGAAGAAGAAUUAGAGCUUUCAGCAAGAAAUCUUUCAAAACGGACAUACACCGAGGUUUAUUGUCGAGAAGGUCAAGCCAAAAGUUCAAAGGCUAAACACUUAAUCCGUGCAAAAUACGAAGGUUUGGAUGAAUUUUGACUUUAACGACAACCUACUUGUUGAUGUUCUUAGGAGAGGAAUUUCGGUUUCAAAGACGAGAACUUUAUUCACAGAAACGAUAAGCGUGCUGUUCGUCAGUUGUCGACUGGUGUGGAGGAGCCUAAUGGA